AUGGUCAAAAUAGAUCACCAUGAGUAUCUCACCGAGGAAGAGAAGCGCUUGAAGGAGGAUAGAGAACGGGAGGCAUACUGGAAGAAAUGGGGUCCCUACGUUGCUGAGAGACAAUGGGCCACUGUGCGUGAGGACUACAGUCCUGAUGGUGAUGCAUGGAGUCAUUUCCCCCACGAACAUGCGCGAUCCCGAGCUUUUAGGUGGGGAGAAGAUGGCAUUGCAGGAGUUUCGGAUACACACGGUUUUCAGAAUAUCGCAUUUGCUUUCUGGAACGAAGAAGACAACUUCCUCAAAGAACGGCUUUUCGGUUUAUCGAACCCACAAGGCAAUCACGGCGAGAGUAUUAAGGAGGCGCAUUUUCAUCUAGAUAAUACCCCAACACAUUCCUAUAUGAAACUUUUGUAUAAAUAUCCCCAACGAAAAUUCCCAUACGAGGAUCUCAUCAAGGAGAACGCGAGACGCGGAAAACAGGAUCGAGAAUACCAAAUUGUUGACACUGGCAUAUUUGACGACGAUAGGUACUGGGACAUAAACAUUGAGGUAGCCAAGGAAACCGAUGAAGAGUUGCUCUUCCGAGUAACUGCAUGGAACAGAGGACCGGAACCUGCCCCAUUACACAUUAUACCGCAUGUGUGGUUUAGGAAUACGUGGGCUUGGGGACAUGAGACUCCGGACAAGAAGCCCGGCAUCCACCAAGUGAGUGAGACAGUUGCGGCAAGCAAGCAUCACAAGUUGGGAGAACGCUAUUUCCAACUCUCCCCCUCACCCGGAGUUGGACCAAGUGGGCAAGAUGUGCUACCAGAGCUUAUCUUCACGGAAAAUGAUACGAAUUACGAAAAGCUGUACAAGGGAAAGAAUGAACAGCCAUACGUCAAGGAUGCAUUUCACCGGUACAUUGUAGACAAGGAGAAGAACGCCAUCAACCCGAAACGAGCCGGCACUAAAUCUGCUGCUUGGUUUGCCUUCAAUGAAGGCGGUGGAGUAGCUCCAGGCGAAUGUGCUGUAGUAAGAUUCCGAUUGUCCAAAAAAUACGAAGACUAUAUGGAUGAAGAGCUUUUCGACGACAUAAUCGACAAGAGGAGAGAGGAAGCCGACGACUUCUACUAUCGCAUCAGCCCUCUUCCAAUGUCUGAGGAUCUUCGCAAUAUUCAGCGUCAAGCCUUCGCAGGAAUGAUGUGGACAAAACAGUACUAUCAUUUCAUAUGGGACCAGUGGGCAAAUGGAGAUCCAAGUCAACCUCCGCCUCCACCAGAGCGCAAAGCCAUCAGAAACACGAAUUGGAAGCAUAUGCAUCUUGAUGAUAUUCUUUCUAUGCCUGAUUCGUGGGAGUAUCCUUUCUUCGCAGCGUGGGACUCGGCGUUUCAUUGCAUACCCUUGGCCAUGAUUGAUCCGGACUUCGCCAAGAAACAACUUGAUCUCUUCACUAGGGAAUGGUACAUGCAUCCGAAUGGGCAACUACCUGCUUACGAGUGGAAUUUUGGAGAUGUCAACCCUCCUGUUCAUGCAUGGGCCACAUUCCGGACCUUCAAGAUCGAGAGAAAGCUUUACGGACGCCAAGAUCUCGACUUCCUCGAGCGGGUCUUCCAAAAGCUGUUGCUCAACUUUACUUGGUGGGUCAAUCGUAAAGACUUCGAUGGAAAGAAUGUGUUCGAGGGAGGGUUCCUGGGCCUUGACAACAUUGGUCUAUUCAAUCGGUCUGAGCCUUUACCAACAGGAGGUGUCCUGGAGCAAGCUGACAGUACCGGAUGGAUGGCUUUCUACUGCCUCUGCAUGCUGAAUAUAGCUUUGGAGUUGGCAAAACACCGUCGAAUUUACGAAGAUAUCGCCUCGAAGUUCUUUGAGCACUUCAUCCUUAUCAGUGACGCCAUGACCUACAAAUCUGGUUCCAAAGAAGAGAAGUCCCUGUGGAACGAGGAAGAUGGCUUCUACUAUGAUGCAAUCUCUUGGGGUGGACCAUGGACGCAGCAACUGCCGAUCAGGUCGCUUGUUGGCCUCAUCCCAUUAUAUGCAACUCUCACCUUGGAACCCGAACUCAUCAACAAGCUGCCAUCUUUCAAGAAGCGCGUUGACUGGUUUAUUGCAAAUAGGCACGAUGUGGCUGAACGCAACAUGGCUAGCAUCAGAAAGAGGGGCAAGGACAAUAGAAUUUUGUUGUCCUUGGUGAGCAAGGAUCGCCUCGAGAAGAUCCUGAAACGGAUGUUGGACGAAGAUGAAUUCUUCAGCGACCAUGGCAUCCGAUCACUGUCAAAAUUCCACGAGAAACACCCUUAUUCGAUGGAUGUGAAUGGGCAGGAGUUCAAGGUUAGCUACGUUCCCGGAGAUUCUGACAGUGGUCUGUUUGGAGGCAACAGUAACUGGAGAGGUCCGAUCUGGAUCUGCGUCAAUUUUCUGCUUGUCGAAUCUUUGCAGCGAUUCUAUAUGUUUUAUGGUCCUACUUUCGAAGUUGAGUGUCCCACUGGCUCAGGAGAGAUGAUGCAUCUCGGCCGUGUCUCCGAGGAAAUCCAGCAUCGCUUGCAACAUCUCAUGGCACGCGGAGAUGAUGGACGAAGAGCAAUCAAUGAUGGAAAUGAGUUAUUGGAUUUCGACCCUUAUUGGAAGGAUAAUUUAUGGUUCUAUGAAUUCUUUGAUGGUGAUAGUGGUCGAGGACUUGGUGCUACGCAUCAGUGUGGAUGGACAGGAUUGAUCGCAAGAAUGAUCCAUGACACUGGAUUGAGCUGCCGUCUACCCCAGACGCCGAAGACACCAUCCACAGGAAUGGCACACUACUUCGAUGAUACUUUCACCCGUCAUGUUGCCCAAGGGAGGGCCGACAAGUCUCCACAUCAGACUAUGCGUCGCUCUUCAACAGCCCGCUCCAUCGGUGCGCGAAGUGACUUUGAUGCCUCUGUGAAUGGGGAUGCUCCAAUAUCAGUCGGACCUUCGGUUGGGACCGAAAACGCGGAGAGGGAGCGAGAGCGCCAAGAAGCGGAUCUUCAUACAGCGAACUAUGUCUCGGAGCAGCUCGAAAGAGUUCGCAGUAACUCGUCUGCCGACUUUGAGACAGGUGACGAGUUUGAGGCUCAGCUUGAUGGUCAGUGA